UUGCGCACGUUUUACAGCACAGUGCGCGAUAGCCCACGUGCAGUGUUAGUUGUUUAGUGCUUGAGCAUGGACUCCAAAAGUGACCUGAAACGCGUACAAUUAAAAUUCGAUCCUAAUGCGAAUGGGGAUGAUAGAAAGAAGGCUCGCAAGCUCUACAAAGUGUACAAAAAGGAAUUUCUCGAGGAGAAUGAAUACAGAGAAAUCGACACAAAUCGCUUUGCCAGCGAAUGUGGCGAGCAGAUGGAACAAUUUGAUCCGGCCACCCACGAUGCCUGGGUGCUGCAGUGCCCCAAAGGCAUCGACCUGAGCAGCAUGCUGACCAGCAAGCGCAUCAAACUGCCCGGUCGCCGCUAUGUGGGCGACAUUCAGGUGCGUGCCACACACUACGCACAGCCGCAAACCCAAUCCGUUGGCUACGUCAACAGCAAGAACAAGUACGCGAUGCGAUUGCUGCCACUGGCUGGUCAAUUGGUGGUUGGCAAGCGUUUGAAUAUGCAUCAGCCCAAUGCGGAUAUGGACAGCAAUCAGUGUCCCAAAUCCUGCGAACCACAAAAAUUUAAAGCGCCUCUGCGACAUCCGUUCUUUGGGCGUGACUAUAAAAAGCAUAUCGAUUUGGACAAGAAGACGAAGACGAAGCUGCGCCAUGCGGAUAAGAGAUGCGCCGAGGCAAAGGCCCAAGAGCUCGCCACGGGCAAUUUCUAUCAGAUACGCAGUAAACUGCUGGCAACCACACAAACGCUGCAGCAGAAGGAACACGAUGUGCGACAGUCGGUGCUGACUGGCGUCCUGCCCAAGUUCAUGGAAGACAGCGAGCAUCCAAACUAUGUGGAUCUGGUGAACGACGACGACGAUGACGACUGUGAAGAGGCGAAUCAGUCCCAGAAGCUGGACAAAAAACAGCUGAAGCGUAAAGCAAAUGGUGCAGUAAAAGCUGAAGACAUUCCUGACGCAGAGCAACCCAUGGAUAAGAAACGCAAAAAGCGCCAUUCACAAAGCAAUGCUUAGUCAGCCACCAAAAGCAUUAUGUUCUAACAACCUACAACGUCUGUUUAGUUUUAAGUUCUAAACCAAAAUAACAAUAAAUAUUUAUACAGUUUUUAA